GCAGUGAAUUUUGGAACACGGCCGUAGGUGUAUAUAAAUGUUGGGUCAUGUCGAAUAAUUUUGUACUUGUCAGUCGUCGCAGAAAACAUGAUAGAAGAAGAAAUUUGAAGAAAAGCACGACUACUCAAGGCACAUCUACGCAGGAUUGUGAAAUCGAUCCGGGACUUGUUUGCACAUUAAACAAAACACUAAUCGAAGUCAGAGACACGUCGUUUACGAAGUUUCUUCUUAAUCGACUCACGGAAUCUCUAACCGUUUUAAACUGUGACGGUAUUUGCGAGAUAAUCUGCUAUGGGUUAGGACGGUUCUCUCAGUACAGAUCGUCAAAGUAUCAAUUGGCGCUUCUGUUAUACCUGAAAGAACGAUACGACGCCCGUGUAUACGUGUACGAUCCAGCAUUUUGCUCAAAGGAGACGCAAAUCCUACGUACUUUGCAUCUAGAGAUCGUAGAGACGAACGAGGAAGGCAAGCGUAUUGUCAAGACGCAACGAGACAAAACGACUCUCGUUUAUAUGCCGCACUGCUCGAGACAAUUGACUAAUAACUUUCUCUAUGCAAACUGGGGAAGUGGAUUAAGCAAUUGUAUUCUACUCACUAACAGUUUCUCGAAAAUCGUCGAUAGUUGCUUGCACAGAGACAUAGCAAAUACAGCGGGUUACAUACUGCGCAUUCAACCUUAUGUUACAGAAAUACAAUUGGAAAAUUCUUUCGUAUACGAAGAAGUUUUCAACGAUCUUAACGUACAUAUCUUUACUAAAGAAGAUUUACUGAAAGCACCGUCAGAUUUUUGGAACUUUAGAGAGGAACCGCGAUAUCUCACGGAUGAGGUCGAAUUUGUUGCAGCUGCACGGUAACGAGUAACGCGUUCUUGACGCACUCGAAAAUUCACGAUACAAUGAACAAUAAUAUUAAAAUUAUUCGUUCUCUUGUGCAUCAACUCCGCCGAAUUGCGCGGACUAGGAGUAUGAAGGAAAA